AUGUCGUCAAGCAAAUCCCAAUCCAAAAAUCGAAAUAAAAAUGCAAUUCGCAAACAAGCGAAGGAAGAAAAGGAAUUACUUUAUUCAACUAAUUUUCCGCCUUAUGCAUUCAAUCAUCCUUAUACUAUAAAUUUCAUUAAUAGAUGUACGACAUUUGAUGAAAUAGACAAUAUUAUUUCCGUUGCACGUAAUUCAUCACACUAUACAGUUGAUACAGAAAGUGACUAUCACACAAAUGCUCCUGCUGUUAUACAAGUUGCCUGUUUUCCAUCUGAUGGUCGAUUGGUGGUGGUGUUAAUUAUUGAAGUUAAUUUUCUUGCUGAUAAGUCAUCAUUACUCUUUUCAAAAUGUCAAGAAUUAUUUGAUACAAUUACACGUGCUGAUGGACAUAUUUAUGGAUGGGGAAAUGUUCGGGAUGAACUUUCCCAUUUUCUUUCUUUUUCUCUCUUUUCUUUUCCUUUAUCUUCUCAUUUCCAUAACGUUCAACUGGUUUUUACAAAAUGGUUUAAUCAAUGGACAUCAAUACAAACAACAAGUUAUUCUGAAGAUAAUGAUAAUGUUAAUGAUGAUGUUGUUGUUAUUAAUGCACCAUUAUAUGAUCCAUCAUUAUUCAUGCCAGCUAAUGUAAUUAACAAAAUUAAAAUGACCACUGGAAAUCUUUGGAGUAUUCAAGAUGCUAUGAUUUAUUUAUUUCAUCAAUAUGUAUCGAAGAAAGAAACUCUUUGUAAAUGGUCCAUUGGUCUCGAUUAUCGUUUAUCACACACCAAUGUCAAUCCUGCUUCUCAUCGUCAACAUCUGAUCCUUUAUGCCGCAAAUGAUUGUUUAUCUCUUCUUCAAAUUAUUUUAUUUAUUCAUGAACAACAUUUAUCUGGUUAUGUUGAUGGUGAUGGAUUUAUUACACACAUGGGAGAGUAUUUUAGUUAUUUACAUAAAAAAUAUUUUCUUUUUUCUGCUGUAGUUAAAAAUCAACCACGCUAUGAUUUGUUAUUCAAUGAUGGUGAAGAUGUGGAGAGUAGUAGGGAGUCGAUGGCUGUUCAUGAUUUACAUGAACGUUGUCCGAUCUCAUCCGAACCUCGAACACAUGAAGAACAAAUUAAUACUCAUCAUCAUCCAUCACUUCAUCAUCAAGUAGGUCAGCGAUUAACAACAGCUGACCCUACUUUAAUUCAAACAACAAUCACAACAACAACAACAUUAUUUCCAUCAACUUCAUCAUAUCCACUAGCUGCUGUUAAUAAUCAACAAUUUACAUCAUCUGUACUUUUAGUUGAACCUGAAGUUUCAAGUGAUCUUGCAUUGGUUACAGAUGAAUUUCAGCAAGAUAAUAAAAUCGUUAAUGAAGAUAGUGAUAUUCAUCAAGAUAUUGAAGUUCUAGAACAAUCUUCUGAUAUACAACCAUCAAUCAAAAGAAAAAAAUCAAGAAGAAGACGUUCUCAAGCUGCUAAACUCCUUCGUAAUCAACAAUCCAGUAUUCGACAUCGGCGUAACCGAUAUAUUUAUGAAGUUAUUCGCGACAUAAAUUGUUCUGUUAGUGAUGCUAAAUGUAUAUUACAAUGUUAUGAUAUAAAAUAUCUCAACAUCAAUCCGGUUGAAUCAAAAUUGUACAUUGGUAUAAAAAACGAACAAUUGCAACAGUACUAUGAUCAACUACUGCCCGUCAAUGUGUUUCUGUAAAUCCAGGUGGAGGGGGGAGGUGUCAGGAUCGCCAUCUAUGUCGAUGGUCGAUCCUUUUCACUCUCCCUCUCUCUUAUAUAUAUAAAUAUAUAGUCAUCCUUGUGGUGACUUAAUUUGUUUGUUUUCUCGUUGUUUUCUUUUUUUCUCUUGGUUCUUCUUUUCUCUAGUCUGUUGUUGGUUUUUUCUACAUCACGAACAGUUGUUCGUUUUUCUUUUUUUUGGAAAAUAAAAUCCAUUAAGAUCAUCGGAUCCUAACA